ACAAACACAGCCGGAUCUGGAGGAGCAGGAGGUUAGCAGGAGCUUCCACACCUCUCACCAAGAGCAGUUGUAUUUUUUCAUCUUUUUCAUCGUAGUAGAACAUCAUCUGAAGCAUAAGCCAACUGACUGCAAUUAAGCCAUCCAGAGGAUAUUUCAGAACAAGGCUGUAGAAGACGCGAUGACCAACAUACCACUUCUGUUCUCUUUGCUGGCAAUAUGGCUGCUACAACAGACCACAGCACAAGUCUGCGGACGGCCAGUCAACUCUGCACGGAUUGUAGGAGGCCAGUCAGCUCUGCCUAGAUCAUGGCCCUGGCAGGUCAGCAUUUUACAGUUGAGGAGUGUUAUUUGUGGAGGCUCCCUCAUAGACUCAGAAUGGGUGUUGUCUGCUGCUCACUGCUUCUAUGGGGACACAAACGCUUACAAAUAUACAUUGGUGUUCGGUGCGUAUCAGCUCUCUAACAUAUCUGGCAGUGAAGUAUUUGCCAACGUACGAAAGAUUGUCAUUCACUCUGGCUACAAUGGCGUCCCUGACUCCAGUGGGGACAUCGCUUUGCUUCAACUUCAGUCUCCUGUGAAUUUCACCAGUGACAUCCUCCCUAUUUGCCUGCCAGAACCUUCUGAAGAAUUCUUUGGAAACAAAAAUUGCUGGGUUACUGGAUGGGGACGUGUGGGAGAAGAUGCGCCCUUGGAAUACCCACGGACUCUCCAGGAGCUGAAUAUACCACUCAUAUACCGAGAUAUGUGCAACCUUUAUUUCAACAGUGUCCCAGUUGCAGGCCUGAGUAAGAAUCCUGUCAAGCGUGAUAUGUUCUGUGCUGGUCGGAUGACAGGUGGAAUAGAUUCCUGUCAGGGUGACUCUGGAGGACCUCUGGUGUGUAAAGUUGACGGACAUUGGAUCCAGGCUGGGAUUGUGAGCUGGGGAGUAGGAUGUGCCAGACCUUACUUCCCUGGUGUCUACACUUCUGUGCCUUACUAUGCCAAAUGGAUAGAAUCUGUUAAGGCUGGCGGGUUGCAAAAUGCCCCCACUGUGGCAGUCAUCUUGACAUCUCUUUUAUUGUUCCUCCAGUGAGAGACUUUGUUUAAAUAUGUCCCAGUAAUAAACUUAACCCUUGGG